CGUGAGUUUAAACAAAAAUCAUUUCAUCCUUUCUCUCUUAACACAAACAGCAUUUUGAUGGCCAUCAGACUUACAAACUUCAUCAAAUGAUCUUUUUCGUCAAUUCGACUCAAAAGUGUUAAUAGGAUGAUGGCCUUUGCUCCUCCGCAUAAGGAGCAUAAUUCAAUUUUGACAAAUAUCAAACAUUCCAAUCCCACCUCCUAUCAAAUGGAUCAAAGUUCACGUAAUCAUGCUAACGGUUUGAUGAAUCGUACUAAGUACACAAACAGGGAAACCAAAGAUGAUCUUCAUUCUUCAAGACCAGGCGUCUUUUCACCUCCUCCAAGACCAAUACGUUCAAAUGUACGUCCAGCAGCAGAAGUACGUGCAACAAGAACGAAAGCAGAAAAUGCCCAAAAUACUCCCAAUAUUGAUGAAGAACGUGUCGGUGAAGCAAUUGUAGAGGAAGAUCAAGCUUCAGAAGACGAGGAAGAAGGUGAAAACAAAAUCAAUCCCGAUCAACCCUAUUGGACAGAAAGAAGUAUGUCUUUAGAUGAAGCAAAGUCGUUGGAACAGCAAAAAUCUAUAAAUGCUCUACGAACAAACAGACCUAGGCUUGAUAGCGCUCCAAGCGGAACUGGAUCUCACUAUCGUUCACGCUCUCAUUUUAGCAUACCGGAUAUCGCAAUCACCUCAGCGGAUGAGGAAGGCAAUGAAGUGCGAUAUGAAUUGCAACUCGAACAAGCAAAGAGGAGAUUGAUUCUCUGUCCUUCAAGAUCCGGUGAGGAUGAAGACUACUCUACAAGCCAAGCUCAAAACAAUCCCUCAAAGGAGGAUAAGAAACAGAAAGCAAAAGCGCCUGCCACCAAUAAAGCUAAAGCACAAUUGGCAAUGUUCACAUUUCCCACAUCCGCUUCUUCUGCUACUUCUUCCGGUAAAAAGAAGACAAGUAAAACUUCAAGUGACGCUCGAGCUCCACCUUCCAUAAACAUCGUCAAUGCCGAAGGUCAAUCACGUAUUUUGGAAGCAUCUGAAGCAGCAAAGUAUCCCUUGCCAUUAUCACCUACAUCACCGUCUUCUCAGCGAGAUUCGAUGCAGGAGCAGCAACGUCAAAUGAUCAUGAGUGCAAGCGGCUCCACAGCUACCAAAGAGCAAGUUAAUGAAUCGGUGUCUGCACCAGUCAUGUCAAGUAGCAAAUUUGGUAAGCGAUUACGAAAAUCUUCUUUACCCAACCUUUUUGGAAAGAAGGAAAGGGAUGCAGCGCAUGCAGCUGCCAUGCAGAUUAUGCCAAGCGAUGCAGAUCCUGUAGGCAUGACUGGAAGCUCAAAAGGAGAGGACAACAGAGAUGUGAAUGGCCAGCAUUACGUUGGAGGAAUUCCUGCCAUGUCUCAUUAUAAUGCCGAAGUACCGACAUCACCAAUUUCGCAAGCACCUUCUUCACCUACAUCGACGAUGGGCAGGCCGUCAAGCACAACAUCACUAACCAAAAAAGAAGUUAAGCAACUUCAAAAAGAGGAAAGGAACUUGAUCAAAGAAUUGGAAAAAGUUGACAAGAUGGUAAGAAAGCAUGACGAAAAAGCAAUCAAAGCACGAAAGAAAGCUGAAGAGAAGCAACGAAAGGAAGAGAAAAAGCAAAAGAAGGAUACUGUCAAUCAUCGUCAAAUCAGUGCACCUAUCGCAGUCACAGUCAUGCCAGCUUCACAAGCACUUCAUUCACCUAUAUCUAUUGAAGCUGAAAUGAAGGCAGACCGGGUGACCCACAAACCCAUCACAACACCAUCUCCACUAGAAGAGAUUCGCAAUUCUUCCUUUGAUGAAUCAUCUUUUCCAAGAGCAAGUCACACGGAGCCAAAAUCGGUAGAGCCGCUUUUUAUCGAACCGAAAAGAGAUCAGGUCACUCAAAAUAUCAAGAAGAAGAAGCCAUCCCUGGAUAGCGCAGAUACGGAACCCACCUAUCAAGAUGAAGACACUUAUACUCUCGGAGACCAACAGGAUCAACAGCUGCCACAAUUGUCCAAAGCUGCUCCAAGGAUAUCCUUAUUACCGAACACGGUUGCUUCUCUUUCACUUUUUGAUUCUUUGUACAAAGAAGUGGACGCUAUGGAAUCUUCUUUUGAUAUGCAAUAUCCUGUCGAAGCUCAAGAACGUCGUAAAAGCAUUGCAAGUUCUUCAGCGCCUCAAUCACCCCAAUCACCCAAAUUUCUUUAAGGAAUCAUGAUGCAUAAACACAUCCUUUUCUUCCAUUGUUCAUACCCUGAAUGGCUUCCCAGGCACAAUUUGUACUUCUUCCUUUUCAUAUACCCUCCCCUUCAUUCUUUUAUACCAUACGCCUGCAUCCCUACCUGGGC